AUGAAUAUCGAUUACUAAAAAAAUGAUUCACCAAAUUCCAAUCAAGAUGAGUGUAUUAAUAUGGAUACAGAUUUAUCAGAUAAAUCCUAGAGUCAAUUAGAAAAUGACUAUUUCUCAAAUAAAAUUGAGUCUCAUAAAUUUGUAGUCGGUAUUUCUAAACCUGGUGAUUUGAGAAUUGGUCUACAAACUAUAAACAAAAAUAAAAUCACAGUUAGAGGAAUACUAGGUAUACAUGAAAAAUGA